AUGGGAAGAGUUGCUUGGAGAUCGAAUACGUGCAUCACUUGUCGAAGACGCAAAGUGCGGGUAGGCAGAAACGAGUCCCGUAAUGAUACUGACUAUCUCGCCGUGCUGAUGAAGCUUUCCAGUGUGAUCAGAGAAGACCCUCAUGUCAACGAUGCGGUCAUUCAAAUAUUCUGUGCGAAGGAUACGGCCUUGGUGAUCAACAUUCCCUAUAGUGGACGACAAUGGCGCCUUCAGAUAUUAGGCAGAUUCAUGAGCAUGUACAUGCCAAACGAUUCGAUUCAGGCGCGGGCGACCCAUCAAUCAGUGUGUAUGUGGUAUAAAUACUUCCCCGACUCAUUGGGACAGUCCGACCUGUAUGAUGAAGCCCUCAUGGCAAUGAGCCUGCUAUUCAUUGGCCUCCUAGAUUCAAAUAUGGACUUAUUUAUUAAAAGCGAGUGGCUGUACAGUUCCGUGUCAGAGAAGAUUGCAAAUACCAAUCUCACCAGGGGACUCAAUUUGGAUAAUCUCCUUGGUUGUGUCAUGACUAUGGCUCUAUAUGAAGUAUAUAACCCAUCCGGGAUUCAGGGAUGGACACAUCAAGUACGGCUGGGAUGCGAGCUGCUUGAAAAACGAGGCCUGCCUCGUACCAACGAAACCUUUGAUCGUAACCUCUACCGUCGACUACGAAACUUCGCAUUAUACCACUCCUGUGGGGGACGAAAACCAACAUUUCUCGGUCGACCGGAAUGGAGGGCAAUCCUAGGAGGUGAUAGUCACGACGAAUUACUUGAUAUUCUCCUCCAGAUGCCUGCACUAAUGGAGCUCAUGGAUGGCUACAAAAAAAGAUAUGGACAGGCUAUUCCCGACUCGCUUUUGAGACACAUUCUGCGUGAGUUUCGCCAGCUAGAAGUGCAGCUAUUACAGUGGUAUUGGCGGCUUCAGUGCAAGGAAACUGUCCCACUGUUCGAUCUACAAUACGCGCUGCCCACGGACGAGCGUUUUGUCACAGACGAAACCUCCCAGAUUGCCUUCUUCAGCCAGCAGCAUCUUUUCGAGCUGCUCAUGCUAUACUGGCUUGGCUGUGUAGUCCUUUAUACAUUCGGAGCUGAGGUGCCGUGGCAGAUGGAGGUGAAUCUGCCUGGACCGACGUUGUUAUCAGAGGCUGUUAAAGUCCCCAAUGCGGAUACUACUCUUACCGCAUUGCUAAUUGAGAAAGGAGGCAUUGGUGGUGCCGAAGAAAGUGAACAAUUGGCCGCCCACUUUGCCCAUCGAGUGUGCCAAAGUGUGGCAUUCUGCAUGCGGCCAGGGUUUGCCAUGGCGGGUUUGCAAAUCCUUAUGACGCCCGUAUGGGCUGCAAAGCAAUUCUUCUUGCAUCGAACGCCGGGGAAAGUUAAGUGGUGUCAGAUGGCAUUGGAUGAGAUGGGGUCGCGCGGGGUGAAGUUAGCUAAGGUGAUCCGAAACAUCUCACAGGACCAAUAUGCGGCGAUGAAGGAGACAAAUUGGCUGGAGUCAGUACAACUUGAGCGGGUUGAGAGUGGUGAUUGGGAGAUUGCCUAG